AUGCCACCAAAGCCCUUCCGCCCACCGCGUCCAUCCUCCACUUCGCAACCCAAACCCGUCUCCAAAGUAAAGAAAUCCACAACCACGAAAUCAAGAGCGAGUAUCGGUCUCGAACACAAAGCUCGCGCUCAAAAAGCAAAGCAGAAACCAACUCAAAGAUCUAGCGGCGCCGGUAGAAGCAGUCUUGGAACUGCCAGCAAUUACGGCCUACCCAGUCUCAGUCCAGACACUACACAAGAACCUCCACCUCCCUCCUCGUCAUCCGACAACUCUUCCUCCUCCUCCGAUGACUUAGUAGCUUCCUCACCGGAACCAGAACCAGAUACCACAGACCCAACGCUCGACCGAGAAGAAACGCUGCCCGUUGACCUUUUACAGGUGUUGCUACAGCAGUUCUUCACGAAACCAGAAACACGGAUACGGAAGGAUGCGCAGGCGGCGGUGGGGAGGUAUAUGGAGACGUUUGUGAGAGAAGGGAUUGCGAGGUGUGUGUGGGCGAGGAGUGAGUUGCCGGAUCCGGGUGGGUUUCUUGAGGUGGAGGAUUUGGAGAAGGGAGCGCCGCAGAUGUUGAUGGAUUUUUAG